AGCGAGCGAGCGAACGAGCGAAGUCCCCUCCUCUCCGAGUGACACAGCAGUUAGAUAUGCCCUAUCAGUAACUUAAAGCCCACAAACUCCACCUUCUGAGCGAGGAAACUGUGGGCUGAGGGAAACGUAGUGCGCGAAUUGAGACAGACAGUGAAUCAUUAGCAAACUGCAACGCCAGGAUGAACUUGUCGGGAACCUAAAAGGAGGAGGAGGAGGAGGAGGACGCGGGGGGGGCCAUCGGUGGCGUCGGUGUGGGUGUGGGUGUGAAAUCCCCACCGAAGGAGGGGACCGCCGCCGCCGCCUCUCUCGCCUGCCGGCCCCGGUGGCUCCUGCGCGCUGCUGGGUUUUGUCCAAGGCAGUCAAACUGGAUGUAAAAAGCUGGUGGGUCGCCAGUCCAAGAUGCUUCUGGUUUCCCCGCGGGUAGAAGCACCACGCAUGGAGCCGCAUAUUCCAUUACAGGGAUCCAUUAAGAGAAAGGUGGAAGAUGACAGUUCCCCAGCCUCCAACACCCUGCAUGAUGCCAUCUUUCCAAGUGACAAUAAGAGACUCUGUCUUGAUGAUGUCACACUCUCUAUGGGACAAGGGACCAAUCCUGUUUCAUGUUCAGAUAUACAGCACUCUCCGUUCUCCACCAAUCAUGGUGCAUCGUCAAUGGGAGUGACAGGGCAUGGAAUGCUGCUCGAAAAUAAUCACAUGAAUGGCAGUGGAAUAGGGUCCCCAUUUUCAGUGCCAUCUAACACUGAAGUAGGACAGAAAGGACCCAUGGGUGGCCACUACGAUGAGAAAGGGAGCAACAUGCAUUCUAUGGACCAAGAGCUGCAAGAUUUGUUAGAAGAACUGACAAAAAUGCCAGAUCCUCCUCCCAGUGAGUUGGAUCUUGAAAAAAUCUUGGGAAGCAAAACUGAGGAGUCUCUUGGGAGUCUUGGCCACUCACAGUCAACCAUCAACAGCCCUCCAAAGCCCUCUCCACAGACUCCACAUUUAGAGAACCAUUUGCCCAACAAAGACUUUUCUCCGGGAUGCAACCCUACCAGUGGUGGGUCACCUCAAAUGAGACCUUCAUCAGCUGGGGCAAACUAUCCUGUUCCGUCCCAAAAUAAAGCUGUUGCUUCACCCAUUUCUUCAAGUGCAGCAAGCAAGAGCCAAACACAACCUAUGCUCCCAGUACCUUUGCCAAAUAUGACUAGCCCCAAUUGGCAUGCACAGCAGCUAAAACACUUGGCAGCAAGCAAGCAAGUCCCAACCACCAAGCACCAAGCUCCCAGCUGGCCUACUAUAACGUCACAAGGCCUCUCCCCACCUUACCGACAAGGAUCAUCACCUCACCAUCAGCCAUUCAGUCCUCAGAAUGCCAUGGUGUCUGGAAUGGGCUCUAAUGGCUUGUCGAGUAGCAGCAUUCAGAGUCCUCAGAACUCCUUGCUCUCAAGCAUAACGUCUAGUAGUAAUCCGUCUGGUGGUCCAUCUCCACCUUUUGGCCCUGAGAAGCUUUCCAGUCCAGUUCUCAACCAACAACCUUUCAGCCCUCCGAAUCCCAUCCUUCCCAACAUAUCUGCAGCCAGCAUUCCGACCAAAAGCCCACAAAACAACCUGCUGUCUCCAAAUACGGGACCUUCGCCGCCCUACCGACCAGAGAAGCUUUCGAGCCCUGCUCUACAUCAACAGUCCUUUAGCCCUCAAAGUACUUUAAUCCCAAACAUCACGCCCACCAGCAACCCAACAAGCAUGCAGAGCUCCCUUUUCAAAUCAAUAUCGGGAACCCAGUCCAAAAACAUGAAUAUGAUUAUGCAGCAGUCCUCCAAUGGCAUGCAACCAGCUUUGGUGAGUGAAGGUCCCAUCGGCCAAGACCAGUUUUCCUUCAAUAACACCAAGCCGUUGUCCCAUUUCAGUUCUGAGCCUACCACUCCUCAGAAGAUCUCACCGAUGACUUCAAGUUCUGGGCAGCAGUCACUCAUUCACUAUCUCCAGCAGCAGCAGCAGCAGCAACAGCAACAACAACAACAACAACAAGCUGCCACUUCACAGCAGUCCCAGCAGGUUAACAACAGGCAGUUCAUCCAGCAGCAACUGCAACAGUUGAUGCAGCCCUCUCGGAUGCAGCGGCACGUGCAACCCUCUCCCUUGCCUUCAUCCUCUCGACAGGACCAAACCACUGGGAUUGGUACAAGACUUCAAGAGCCAGGAGCCAUCCCAAGUUCAGGUCCAGUGUCUGCUCCAGGCCAAACCAUGGUGAACGGUUACACCAUGAGGAAUCAGAUACUAAAGCAGCAAAUAAUGAGACGGCAGCAGCAGCAGCAGCAAUUACAGGAAAAACAGAGGCAUGGCAUGAUGGGAGUGGCAUCUGAACAGAGAGGGCCAUUUGUGGGCCAACCCAUGAAUCAAUUUCCUGCUGUUUCCCAGCCGAUGGCGACUGACUGCAGCCAGUCCAUGCAGACGCCUCCCCCCAAUCACCGCAUGAUGCCGUCUGCCCAGGGGAUCUUGCAGAACACCUUGAGCUCUGGGCUCACUGUGAACCAAAACAGUGGGCCCAUGGUGAUGAUUCCACACAACUCCAGCAAACAGCCAGGAAUGUUCCCAUCCAAUUCUGAUUUCAACCUCCCACUACGGCCCAGUCAAAACUCCCUUGGCAUGAAUGCAGGAUGUCAAACCGUCCACAGCCAUCCUGCAGCCCGGCCGAGCAUGGCCCUGUCCAGUUUUGCUGGUGGUUCCUUAGUGAAUCAUACUUCUGCCCAGCAGCAUUUGAGACAGACGGCUAUGCCAAGAAUUCCGAACGUCUACUCCAGCUCCUCGGCUCAGAUGUGGACGCCAACGGGAGUUCCUCGGAUGCCAAAUCAAAGUCAAAUGGAGGCCAGCAUGCAGCAGUUCUCCAGUAACCCUCUCUUCUCGAAACAGAACGCCAGGGCAAAUAUCCCCAGCCAGCCGUUUUCCCAUCAGGCCGCGGUGCCGCCCAAUCAGAUCGCUCCUGGGGUUCAAGCCAGACAGAUGCAAAAAGUCAGCCUUGCACCGCCUGUCCAAAGCUUGGGCCCUCCGAAUAACCAGAACCUGAGGCACAAUUUAACCCGAGGACCUUUGCCGGCUUCGAUGAAUGUUAUGAAAUCCAUGCCUCAAGGCGUGUCUGGUUUUAACCAACUUAACCCCGCUCAAGCCGUUGGCCCACCGAGUUAUCCCAGCGCUGCCAGCCAGCCGUCGGGAGCAUUCAGCAGAAUGAACGAGCUGCCGCCACAGUAUGACUUCGUAACCCAGCAAAGCAAUUCUGUUUUGCCCGGGAACUGCAGCGAGGCUGACUUUAUUGAGUCUCUUAUGAAGGGCAGCAGCAGUGGCAGCACCGAUGAAGACUGGUUAAAUAAUUUGACAAUGAUCGAUGACAUUUUGGGGCAGCAUGUUCAGAGUUCUGGACAUGUGUAAUUCUUCGGUGAAGCAGAGGGAUGUGUAAAUAAUUUGUGCAGGACUUGAAACGAAAAGAAACAUUUACCCCGCACCCCAAAAGUAAAAAAAAAAAUUCUUCUUUUCUUUCAGUGUCAAAAAAAUAAAAUAAAAAAUAAACCUGCCCUUCUAACUAACUCUUUACCUUCCUGGGUUUUUCAGACAGCUGUGUAUAUAUUUGAAUAUUUUGUAAAUACGUUUUCCUAAACCUUAAAUAUAGAAGUAUUUAUACUUCUUUGCUGAACUCUUUGUAAAUACCUUAUAGGCUACUCUACUUUUUGUUUUUCUUAUGUUACAGGAAUUGACUUAUACAUUGUUCUAAAUAUGCAAAUAUUAUUGUUAGUUGCAGUAAUACUAUGUAUUACAACAUCAAAUAUUUUAUGUUUUUGACAUAACAGCUGAAUUAGGGGUGUCCUGGCAAACAGAGUAACCAGGAAGUAAGAUCUGUAAUAUUGCCCACUUUCCACUCCUCCAAUGGAAAUAUUAAUACAACAGAAAAACUGAAUGAAAAACUCAUUUUGACUGGCCAGCAAUAACAUUUCACUAUCAAGUCCAGAGAGUCACCCAGGCAAAUUGCUUUAUAAACUAGCUCCUUGUAGCACGUUUCUGGGCAAGUUAGAAGACACAGACUCCCCUUCCAUUCUCUUUUUGCCUCUCGUUCUGCUGUUGAUGAUGCAGGUCUGCUUCCCAUGAGCGCUCUCAUUAGAUUACAGCAUCCGAGUAUGAGUUGCAAAUGUAAAUGGGCCACAGAUAGAAUUUUAGACAGGUAGAACAGAACUAGCUGGGGCCAUCGUAAGCAGGAUAAAGAAGUGGUGUAAGAUAUGUGGCAGGGCUGGCUUCUUAUACUUUUGAGGCAAGUGGGUAAAAAGAUAAGAAGUACCAGGGCCUCUGUACCAAAGGCCUCUGUAAUUCAAAGUUCUCUUUCACAUAGAAUACAACCCACUAGUUGCUGACAAGUAGGAUAUCUGCUGAUUCACGGUCAUCCAGCAACUGAGAAGAAGCAACUGCUGGUCCUGGACAGGAUAUGUAGCCACUCUGAUGAAUAGCCAUGAAAUGUCUCUCAUCCCCCUUUAAAGCCACCACUACAUCCUGUGGCACUGAAUUCCACUGUUAAUAGACACCAUCCUUUCUUUUACCCGAACUGGAUCAUUCAGUGGAUGACUCCACUUCCUUUCCUAGUCUGACUAAUGCAGCCCCCUGCCCUGCAAGACUGCUGUGUCCAGAGGCCAAAACGACCCUGAAGUGUGCAUCACUGAGGGCUGAACUGACUCAAAACAAAACGUUUGUGGGUCAUGACAGUUCAUGCAUUCUGCUGCCAGUGGUCAAGUCCAUCAGGGUCAUCAAGCAAUGAUGUGUCUGUAUGUGGGAGCUGACCUGUGGAAUAAAGAAGGCAUUAGAGGGAGACUGUGCUUUUGUGCAAAAAUGUUCUAUUCUAAAGACCGCGCAAGUCUAUAAAGCUGGGUGUUGUCUUUCAGUGGAAUUUUUUUUUUAAAAAAAAAGAAAACAAAACCACCCAACCUUUCCUGGUUUGCCCACCUCAGUGAUGUAUAUUUAUAGUGUACAGGUGAUAUGUUCCUGGUUCUGAACAAAUUUCAUAUUUUCUUCUCUGUUUUUAAUAUGAUACUUCCCAUCCCCUUUCUCUCCCUGUCCCCCAGAGAAAAUGUCUAUAAACGUAAAUAGCUUAACUUUGGAUGUUUUUUCUGUCACAUGUAUAUUUAAGAAUCUGUUUAUAAAAGAAAUCCAUCGUACUGUAAACCUCUUCAAAACUGUUCAUACUUUGUGUAAUCAUAUUUUAAUAGCCACAUCAUCCUCCAUUUGUAAGAUAACGUCCACUUCAAGCACACCAAAAUGUUUUUUCCUUCAUACCAUAAUAAACUGCCAGGGAAAAAUAGCACUCGC